AUGCACAAACCCAGAGAAAAAGGCAAGGAGAAAAAGGCAAGGAGAAAAAGGCAAGGAGAAAAAGGCAAGGAGAAAAAGGCAAGGAGAAAAAGGCAAGGAGAAAAAGGCAAGGAGAAAAAGGCAAGGAGAAAAAGGCAAGGAGAAAAAGGCAAGGAGAAAAAGGCAAGGAGAAAAAGGCAAGGAGAAAAAGGCAAGGAGAAAAAGGCAAGGAGAAAAAGGCAAGGAGAAAAAGGCAAGGAGAAAAAGGCAAGGAGAAAAAGGCAAGGAGAAAAAGGCAAGGAGAAAAAGGCAAGGAGAAAAAGGCAAGGAGAAAAAGGCAAGGAGGAGAAGGCAAGGAGGAGAAGGCAAGGAGAAAAAGGCAAGGAGAAAAAGGCAAGGAGAAAAAGGCAAGGAGAAAAAGGCAAGGAGAAAAAGGCAAGGAGAAAAAGGCAAGGAGAAAAAGGCAAGGAGAAAAAGGCAAGGAGAAAAAGGCAAGGAGAAAAAGGCAAGGAGAAAAAGGCAAGGAGAAAAAGGCAAGGAGAAAAAGGCAAGGAGAAAAAGGCAAGGAGAAAAAGGCAAGGAGAAAAAGGCAAGGAGAAAAAGGCAAGGAGAAAAAGGCAAGGAGAAAAAGGCAAGGAGAAAAAGGCAAGGAGAAAAAGGCAAGGAGAAAAAGGCAAGGAGAAAAAGGCAAGGAGAAAAAGGCAAGGAGAAAAAGGCAAGGAGAAAAAGGCAAGGAGAAAAAGGCAAGGAGAAAAAGGCAAGGAGAAAAAGGCAAGGAGAAAAAGGCAAGGAGAAAAAGGCAAGGAGAAAAAGGCAAGGAGAAAAAGGCAAGGAGAAAAAGGCAAGGAGAAAAAGGCAAGGAGAAAAAGGCAAGGAGAAAAAGGCAAGGAGAAAAAGGCAAGGAGAAAAAGGCAAGGAGAAAAAGGCAAGGAGAAAAAGGCAAGGAGAAAAAGGCAAGGAGAAAAAGGCAAGGAGAAAAAGGCAAGGAGAAAAAGGCAAGGAGAAAAAGGCAAGGAGAAAAAGGCAAGGAGAAAAAGGCAAGGAGAAAAAGGCAAGGAGAAAAAGGCAAGGAGAAAAAGGCAAGGAGAAAAAGGCAAGGAGAAAAAGGCAAGGAGAAAAAGGCAAGGAGAAAAAGGCAAGGAGAAAAAGGCAAGGAGAAAAAGGCAAGGAGAAAAAGGCAAGGAGAAAAAGGCAAGGAGAAAAAGGCAAGGAGAAAAAGGCAAGGAGAAAAAGGCAAGGAGAAAAAGGCAAGGAGAAAAAGGCAAGGAGAAAAAGGCAAGGAGAAAAAGGCAAGGAGAAAAAGGCAAGGAGAAAAAGGCAAGGAGAAAAAGGCAAGGAGAAAAAGGCAAGGAGAAAAAGGCAAGGAGAAAAAGGCAAGGAGAAAAAGGCAAGGAGAAAAAGGCAAGGAGAAAAAGGCAAGGAGAAAAAGGCAAGGAGAAAAAGGCAAGGAGAAAAAGGCAAGGAGAAAAAGGCAAGGAGAAAAAGGCAAGGAGAAAAAGGCAAGGAGAAAAAGGCAAGGAGAAAAAGGCAAGGAGAAAAAGGCAAGGAGAAAAAGGCAAGGAGAAAAAGGCAAGGAGAAAAAGGCAAGGAGAAAAAGGCAAGGAGAAAAAGGCAAGGAGAAAAAGGCAAGGAGAAAAAGGCAAGGAGAAAAAGGCAAGGAGAAAAAGGCAAGGAGAAAAAGGCAAGGAGAAAAAGGCAAGGAGAAAAAGGCAAGGAGAAAAAGGCAAGGAGAAAAAGGCAAGGAGAAAAAGGCAAGGAGAAAAAGGCAAGGAGAAAAAGGCAAGGAGAAAAAGGCAAGGAGAAAAAGGCAAGGAGAAAAAGGCAAGGAGAAAAAGGCAAGGAGAAAAAGGCAAGGAGAAAAAGGCAAGGAGAAAAAGGCAAGGAGAAAAAGGCAAGGAGAAAAAGGCAAGGAGAAAAAGGCAAGGAGAAAAAGGCAAGGAGAAAAAGGCAAGGAGAAAAAGGCAAGGAGAAAAAGGCAAGGAGAAAAAGGCAAGGAGAAAAAGGCAAGGAGAAAAAGGCAAGGAGAAAAAGGCAAGGAGAAAAAGGCAAGGAGAAAAAGGCAAGGAGAAAAAGGCAAGGAGAAAAAGGCAAGGAGAAAAAGGCAAGGAGAAAAAGGCAAGGAGAAAAAGGCAAGGAGAAAAAGGCAAGGAGAAAAAGGCAAGGAGAAAAAGGCAAGGAGAAAAAGGCAAGGAGAAAAAGGCAAGGAGAAAAAGGCAAGGAGAAAAAGGCAAGGAGAAAAAGGCAAGGAGAAAAAGGCAAGGAGAAAAAGGCAAGGAGAAAAAGGCAAGGAGAAAAAGGCAAGGAGAAAAAGGCAAGGAGAAAAAGGCAAGGAGAAAAAGGCAAGGAGAAAAAGGCAAGGAGAAAAAGGCAAGGAGAAAAAGGCAAGGAGAAAAAGGCAAGGAGAAAAAGGCAAGGAGAAAAAGGCAAGGAGAAAAAGGCAAGGAGAAAAAGGCAAGGAGAAAAAGGCAAGGAGAAAAAGGCAAGGAGAAAAAGGCAAGGAGAAAAAGGCAAGGAGAAAAAGGCAAGGAGAAAAAGGCAAGGAGAAAAAGGCAAGGAGAAAAAGGCAAGGAGAAAAAGGCAAGGAGAAAAAGGCAAGGAGAAAAAGGCAAGGAGAAAAAGGCAAGGAGAAAAAGGCAAGGAGAAAAAGGCAAGGAGAAAAAGGCAAGGAGGAGAAGGCAAGGAGAAAAAGGCAAGGAGAAAAAGGCAAGGAGAAAAAGGCAAGGAGAAAAAGGCAAGGAGAAAAAGGCAAGGAGAAAAAGGCAAGGAGAAAAAGGCAAGGAGAAAAAGGCAAGGAGAAAAAGGCAAGGAGAAAAAGGCAAGGAGAAAAAGGCAAGGAGAAAAAGGCAAGGAGAAAAAGGCAAGGAGAAAAAGGCAAGGAGAAAAAGGCAAGGAGAAAAAGGCAAGGAGAAAAAGGCAAGGAGAAAAAGGCAAGGAGAAAAAGGCAAGGAGAAAAAGGCAAGGAGAAAAAGGCAAGGAGAAAAAGGCAAGGAGAAAAAGGCAAGGAGAAAAAGGCAAGGAGAAAAAGGCAAGGAGAAAAAGGCAAGGAGAAAAAGGCAAGGAGAAAAAGGCAAGGAGAAAAAGGCAAGGAGAAAAAGGCAAGGAGAAAAAGGCAAGGAGAAAAAGGCAAGGAGAAAAAGGCAAGGAGAAAAAGGCAAGGAGAAAAAGGCAAGGAGAAAAAGGCAAGGAGAAAAAGGCAAGGAGAAAAAGGCAAGGAGAAAAAGGCAAGGAGAAAAAGGCAAGGAGAAAAAGGCAAGGAGAAAAAGGCAAGGAGAAAAAGGCAAGGAGAAAAAGGCAAGGAGAAAAAGGCAAGGAGAAAAAGGCAAGGAGAAAAAGGCAAGGAGAAAAAGGCAAGGAGAAAAAGGCAAGGAGAAAAAGGCAAGGAGAAAAAGGCAAGGAGAAAAAGGCAAGGAGAAAAAGGCAAGGAGAAAAAGGCAAGGAGAAAAAGGCAAGGAGAAAAAGGCAAGGAGAAAAAGGCAAGGAGAAAAAGGCAAGGAGAAAAAGGCAAGGAGAAAAAGGCAAGGAGAAAAAGGCAAGGAGAAAAAGGCAAGGAGAAAAAGGCAAGGAGAAAAAGGCAAGGAGAAAAAGGCAAGGAGAAAAAGGCAAGGAGAAAAAGGCAAGGAGAAAAAGGCAAGGAGAAAAAGGCAAGGAGAAAAAGGCAAGGAGAAAAAGGCAAGGAGAAAAAGGCAAGGAGAAAAAGGCAAGGAGAAAAAGGCAAGGAGAAAAAGGCAAGGAGAAAAAGGCAAGGAGAAAAAGGCAAGGAGAAAAAGGCAAGGAGAAAAAGGCAAGGAGAAAAAGGCAAGGAGAAAAAGGCAAGGAGAAAAAGGCAAGGAGAAAAAGGCAAGGAGAAAAAGGCAAGGAGAAAAAGGCAAGGAGAAAAAGGCAAGGAGAAAAAGGCAAGGAGAAAAAGGCAAGGAGAAAAAGGCAAGGAGAAAAAGGCAAGGAGAAAAAGGCAAGGAGAAAAAGGCAAGGAGAAAAAGGCAAGGAGAAAAAGGCAAGGAGAAAAAGGCAAUGAGAAGGCAAGGAGAAAAAGGCAAUGAGAAGGCAAGGAGAAAAAGGCAAUGA